GCCUGCCCAGAGCCUGCCCAGCUCCGCGCACCCUCCGCGGCCGCGCAGUCGGGUCGGGCGGGCUCCGGGCAGCCGGGCGGGAUGGACCUGGCCGUGGACUCGUACGUGGUCGUCUCGCUGCUCUUCACCGUCCUGGCCAUCGUCCUCGCCUUCGUCUUCGUCAGGCUGCGAGGAGGAGAAGGGGAGCGGCCGGCGGAGCGGCCCCGGCAGCCGGCAGAGGAGGGCGAGGAGGCGGCGGAGGAAGCGGUAGCGGGGCCGGAGGAUGAAGGGGGCCGGGUACCGGUGGAGGAGGUCGGGGCUGGCGAGCCGAGGAAGGAGGCGGUGGGCGAGCAGCGGGAGACGGCGACCGAGCCCAGCCCCGCGGCGACCGAGCCCAUCCCCCCGAUGACCAAGACCAGCCCCCCGGUGACCGAGCCCAGCCCCGCGGUGACCAAGAGCAUCCCCCCGGUGACCGAGCCCACCCCCCCGGUGACCAAGAGCAUCCCCCCGGUGACCGAGCCCACCCCACUGGUGACCAAGAGCAUCCCCCCGGUGACCGAGCCCACCCUCCCGGUGACCAAGAGCAUCUCCCCGGUGACCGAGCCCACCCCCCCGGUAACCGAGCCCACCCCACUGGUGACCAAGAGCAUCCCCCCGGUGACCGAGCCCACCCCACUGGUGACCAAGAGCAUCCCCCCGGUGACCGAGCCCAGCCCCCCGGUGACCGAGAGCAUCCCCCGGCAGCUGCCCGCCGAGCCCCGGGACCCCGAGCCCCGAGAGGAGGAUGCAAAGAGCAAGAUACCACCUUUGGGUGCCUCACCUGGCUCCAGCCCUGGGCAGAAGGGACAAGCAGAGGGUGGAUGUGGCCAUGCAGCACUUUCCAUCAAGGCAGAGGAGGAAGAUCUGGACUCAGAAAAUGAGAAGCUGGUGGUGAGAGAGCUGGAGGAUGAGGCUGCUGCAGAUGAGAAGUUCUCUUUUAAAUACAGCCCUGGAAAGCUGAGAGGAAACCAGUACAAGUCAAUGAUGACCAAAGAAGAACUUGAGGAAGAACAAAGGAUUGAGCUGACUUCUGAUCUCACAUCUCUGUAGCAAGUACCUUAGGUCCUCGGCCACAAACAUUCUUGCAAAUCUUUUUGAACUGAAGACUAUAUGAAGUUGUCCCUAGCCUCCUCCUAAAGGCAUCCCUUGGCAUCUUUAAAGGCUUGAGAGAAAUACCAAAAACAACCAAAAACACCCAUAAGAGAAAUCCAUAAACCCUCAAAAUAUGGGAUCCCCUCUUGUUCUGAAGUUGAGUUCUCCAAAAACUCCUGUGGUUUCAAGUUUCAGGAGAAUCUGUUGUGUGGCUCCAGGGACCACUGGGCCCAAGCAGUGAUUUGAGUUGUGUUUGGGGGCCUGGGAUGAACCUUCCUCCCUUUCCCCCAGACAGAACCCAAACUGGACACCAGCUAUGCAGCAAGCCUAUCAGUUGUGUUCAUUCCCAUGUAUUAGGCCUGCCAUGGAAUUUAUGCUCCUUUACUGGGGUAGGCAAACCACAGCCCUUCUCCCAGACCAGCCUGAACCUUAUACCAGACUAUCAAGUUGUUUUUCCCUGGGGCCAAGCUCCUCUUUCUGGCUGGAGGGGGUGGGAACUGCCUAUGAUUUCUCAUGUUGUACAAUGCUGCUUCAUCCUGAGGGCUGGAGGGACAAAGUGGGAUCCAGCUGAGGGAUGGCAGAUGGCAGCUGGACUGGCUCAGGUCUGGUUUCUGUAAUUAUUUUAGCAGAGAGCUGAUCCUGUAGGUAAACAGAAGACUUGAGAAGUGACAAAGAUGGAAAAUGUAGCAGUUUGGCCUGUGGUGGAGGUUUAGGAGACUGAGCUUUGCCCGGUGUUCAUAUCUGGAUUCUCACCUUUCCCUACUCUGGUUCCCAAGAGAAGAGACCCAAGGAGUUAGCUAUGGCAUCAGGGGUUCCCUCUGGCUCAGGAUGAGAUAGUGGGGUCCUGGAAGAGACACCCUCCCCAUUCCUCUGCCUGCUUGCUGUUCCCAUGCCCUCUUCUCUUGCCAGCUCUGUGGUUUGUCCACAGGAGACAGAGCUCAGCAUUGCUCCUCAGCUCUGUCCCACGCAGAAGAUGAAUUCAGCUCUACCCCUGCUUCAGCUGGAGCAGCUUUCAGAUCAAACCCAGCUGGCUUGUGAGAGUGAGAAGAGGGCCCCUGUCCCCUAAUCCUGCUGCAGAAACAGCAGGCUGGCUGGGGAUGUGUCCUUCCAAGUUUCUCCCUGGCUGCAGGACAACAGCCCCUUGGCUAAUGCUGCAAACA